AUGAUAAAAAGGUUAGGAUCAAUCCGGAGCUAUGUCAAUCAUAGGAUACAGUCUUGUUUCAGGAAUGAACAGUCUAGUAAUGAUCAUAUAAUCUUGUUGUGUAAGCAAAAGUUAUUUAAACAAGCUUUAGAGUCAUUUGAGUUGUUAGAAAGGAACACAACUUAUAAUUUGUAUCCAAGCACGUAUGCUCAGCUAGUAUCUGCGUGCUCAUCUCUUAGAUCCCUGCAGUAUGCAAGAAGAGUUCAUAGUCAUAUUUUAGCAUCAAAUUAUCAACCAGACAUGAUUUUUCAAAAUCAUUUGUUGAAUAUGUAUGGGAAGUGUGGGUCAUUAAAGGAGGCUCGUAAGGUGUUUGAUGAAAUGCUUGAACGAAAUUUGGUUUCUUGGACUUCGAUAAUUGCUGGGUACUCACAAAAUGGUCAGGAGAAUGAAGCAUUAAAUCUUUACUUUCAAAUGAGACAGUUUGGUCUUAUACCUGACCAGUUCACAUAUGGAAGCGUAAUCAAAACAUGCUCAAAUAUGAAAAAGGUAGAGUUAGGGAAGCAAUUGCAUGGCCAUGUCAUUAAAUCGGAACAUGGUUCCCACCUUAUUGCUCAGAAUGCACUGAUUGCGAUGUAUACGAAGUUUAAUCAAAUUGAUGAGGCAUUGACAGUGUUCUCCCAUAUUAAAUCAAAGGAUUUGAUUUCGUGGAGCUCAAUGAUUGCUGGAUUUGCACAGCUUGGUUAUGAAUCAGAAGCUCUGUCCUGCUUCAGGGAGAUGCUUAGUCAGGGGAUUUACAAACUGAAUGAAUUCGUUUUUGGAAGCAUUUUUAAUGUCUGUAGAAGUCUUGGACAAGCAGAAUAUGGAAGACAAGUACAUGGUCUAAGUAUAAAAUUUGGGCUUAGUUUUGAUGCUUUUGCUGGUUGCGCUGUUACUGACAUGUAUGCCAGAUGUGGAUGGUUGUAUUCUGCAAGAACUGCAUUCUACCAGAUAGGAAAUCCUGAUCUUGCAUCCUGGAAUGCUCUGAUUGCGGGGUUUGCAUACGGAGGUGACCGUGAUGAAUCUGUAUCUCUCUUUUCUCAGAUGAGAGCUUUGAGGUUGACCCCAGAUGAUGUCACAGUUCGUUCUUUACUUUGUGCCUUUGUAAGUCCAUGUGCUCUCUUCCUAGGAAAGCAAGUGCACUGCUAUGUUAUUAAGAGUGGCUUUGAUUUAGAGAUUUCCAUCUCUAAUACAUUACUUUCAAUGUAUGCCAACUGUUCAGAUCUCCUGGAUGCACAUAAAAUUUUCAAUGAGAUAAAAAAUAAAGCAGAUUUAGUCUCAUGGAAUGCCAUUCUUACAGCUUUUCUACAACAGAGAGAUUCUGGAGAGGUCUUCUCAUUAUUUAAAAUGAUGCUUCUUUCUUCUAAUAAGCCUGAUCAUAUUACAUUAGUUAAUAUGCUUGGGGCUUCUGGAAAAGUAGCCUCUUUGGAAAUCGGAAGCCAGGUUUGUUGCUAUGCCAUGAAAAAUGGGCUAAGUGAAGAUAUUUAUGUCAUGAAUGCUUUAAUUGACAUGUAUGUGAAAUGUGGACAUAUGACAAGCGCUAAGAAGCUCUUUGAUAGUAUGAAGAACCCUGAUGCGGUUUCAUGGAGUAGUUUAAUAGUGGGGUAUGCUCAGUUUGGAUACGGAGAAGAAACUCUAAACCUCUUCCAAAUGAUGAGAUAUUUAGCUGUCAAGCCAAACCAAGUUACCUUUGUCGGGGUUUUGACUGCUUGUAGUCAUGUUGGACGAGUAAAAGAAGGGUGGCAGUUGUUCAGAGCCAUGGAAACGGAGUUUGGUAUUGUACCAACUAGAGAGCAUUGUUGCUGUGUAGUUGACAUGCUUGCCCGAGCUGGCUGCAUAGAGGAAGCAGAAGCUUUUAUCAAUCAAAUGGAAAUGGAUCCUGAUAUUGUGGUGUGGAAAACUUUGUUAGCUGCUUGUAAGACGCGUAACAAUCUUGAUGUUGGCAAACGAGCCGCAGAGAAAAUUUUGGAGAUUGAUCCGUCCAAUUCUGCUGCACAUGUGUUACUCUGUAACAUUUUUGCUUCUACGGGCAGUUGGAAGGAUGUUGCAUCACUUAGGGGUCAGAUGAGACAAAAAGGUGUCAAAAAAGUUCCAGGUCAAAGCUGGAUUGAAGUCAAGGACCGGAUCCAUGUCUUCUUGGCUGAGGACUGUAUGCAUGCAGAAAGGGACAGAAUAUAUUCCAUGCUAGAUGAACUAUGGCUGCAGAUGCUGGAUGAUGAUUAUUUGCCCCUUCAGAUUUAAGUUUUAGGGGUAAAACAUUUGGACAAGAUGAGUAUUGGAUAUACGCUU